UCAAAACGAUUUUCCUUGAUAUUUUUCGAGAUAUUUGAGUGUUAAAAUGAGACAACUGCAAUCUGUAUACAACUGCAAAUCACUUUUGUUAUAUUGUUCUGACAGUUCCGUUUGCGUUACUCGAUGUUGAUGUUAUUUUAUAUAAUAUUCUAUGUGUUUUAAUAUAAGGAAAUGUUUGAUAAUAUGGUUACCGGACAGGAUUGUUCUUGCGCGGACACAACAGAACCAUCCAAUCUAACAUCUUUGCAUUCGGACGAUGUUACUUCGGCUGUAAAUUCUGACGUCGUGAAUGAAGUCUGCACUAAAAUGAUCGAGAAGGAAAAUGAUGUUGAAGGACCUAAAGAUACGGAUUGUAAAUGUUCGACGCCGAUCGCGACUUAUUGCGUUGCCGCGACAGCGGAAACCCCAAAAUCCGCGACUCCAGCAAAACCGAACCGUCAGCGAGAGAACUCAAGGGAUCCGCCUGAUGUAGCCACACAAUUGAGUUUCACCCCUUGCUUGUGCCGUAGUCACAAAAUCAACGGUUACGUUCUGCCCAUGAAAUUAAAGAAAGAAAAAUCGCAAUCGCGGCCGUUUUGGGGUCGGUUCAACUGGAAACGGCAGAGAAAUGGGUACUUCAGCAAUGACAAGAUGUACGAGAUAAAGUUAAAGCAGAUUCAGUGUCCCCACUAUGCCCAGGUGCCGCUCAAAGGCAUGCCUAAACAGCAUCUUGAGACGACUCAGCCACCGCAUGAACCCUUUCAACCCUUCGCCGCUUACGAGAUGUCGGACAUCGGGGGAAUACCGAGUAAGAGCACCAAGUACAAUGCCGGUAAAUUGAAGCCCCUUAAGUAUCCGGCGAAGACGAAGCUCAAGAAGGAAGAAGUGACAGAGAAGAUCGAGAUUUAUUACUUCGAUCACGGAAGCUCCGCCUAUUAUCGAACAACUGACUGCCAUCCUGUCUUGGCCACGGACAAGUGCGCCGAAAAGACGGAUCAAGCGGCAACUCGCUUUUGGGCAGAGAUCUUUGGCACGAUUCACAUCGGCAUCGCCUUCGUCACAGCUUUUAUUCUCCAGCUUUUCCGCUUCAUUCUCUAUAGCGUGAUCCGACCGCUAACAGUCGGGAUACUUCAAUUAGUGGCGGAUUAUUUUGUGAAGCCGCUGCUGUCCAUUUUGUUCAACGCCAUCGUGCAGCCGAUACUGAUUCUCCUCUACAAUAUCGCCACAUCGUUCAGGGAUCUCUGCGAGCCGAUAGCAGAGGCGAUCGGCCUGUUUUUGCGGGAGAUCGCGAAUCUUUGCGCCGCAAUCCGGCUCGUCGAAGUGAAACACGUGCACACGUCCGCCACCACAGCUUGCACCUGAACUUCGUAGAGUGGAAAGUUAGAAAUUCUUGAGAAAGGUUGAGGGGGAACAGUUUUGAAUAAUUUAAGAUAUUAGGAAUCUUUGGAGGAUUUUUGCUUCAAGUAGUAAACGUCAUUCGACAUCAAAAUGACGUAUGCUUGCUAUUUGAAGUGACUUGAUUGAUAUCUUCACUUCUAGAAGGAAGGAUGGAUCUCUUCGCAGCUCUUAACUCGUCAUCAAUAAGACAUGUGCCUUAACACCAGGUAUAUAUUUGGUAUUAUUUUAACUUUACAAUAUUAUUAUUGUAUCAUUUUUUUACAGAACAAAUCAUCUCUUAUAGCAACUAACUUUGUCAAUAAUAAUCAAUACUCGUUUUUUUUAUCGCGCUCUUUUUCUCUUUCUCUCCCACUCUCGCUCGCUCUCGCGCUCUUUCAUUCUCACUCGUUAUCUCUCUCUCUCUUUCUUUCUCUCUCUCUCUCUCUCUCUCUCUCUCUCUCUCUCUCAUGUAUAUCUUACCAUUUAAUAAAUUAUGUACAAUCUCACAAACAACAAACGGAGGAACCUAAUUACAUCAUGUAGUUGUUCACACUUUGCUAUGUACAGGUACUACUGGUAUCUUUUUUCAUUAUUUUUACAGAAUCGCCGCUUUCUUUCAUAUUUUCUAUCUAUCUCUUCCUCUUCUCUUCCACCGGUCGAUCGUAUCGCAAUAAAUUCUAUUUUUCGCAUGUGGUCUAUAAAAAAAGGAGGCAAAAAGAAACUGAACGAACGAACGAAUUGCCUAUCGUCACCUAGUCUCAGGAACUGCAACCUCUGUUCGCGCGCUAUUACACAUCGCGAUCAUCUAGGUGGUACUGGUAGUGGUUGUGGUGGUCGGAGUCUCCUGGAUGGCUAAGGUCUGCGAAGGCGCGGAUGUCGAGUCACCUGGAAGCAAACAGUCAGGGAAGGAAUUAAUCGACUAGUAUAAUGUAACCGGCUAAAUAUACAUUUAAUACACCGUAAUUGGGCUCGUUCCUUAAUAAUCGCGCAAACUGAUCCCUAUAAGGAAGCCUUUUAGCUAGUCUUAACGAUACGAGCAAGUUUAUAUACAGAGUGUCCCAAAUAGGAAACUGCUGAAACUAAUCAGCUGUC